AUGGAAUCUCCUCAAUCUUCAACUUCUUCUCUAUUAUCUGAGUAUAGUGGCAAUCCAAAGAUAGAAACAACAAAUAAAUCUCCUCUUUCUACCUUAUUCCCUUGCUUAGCGACUUUUUCUCAUUAUAUAGUUAAAAUUGAUUAAAAUUCGGCAAUUAGUUAAUAAAAUUUAUAUUUAGUAUGCAAAGAGUUUUAUUUUAAUUUUAUAUAAAAAAUAAUCAGAUAAAAAAUGUUUUUUUAUAAAUUUAUAGAGAGGGUAUCUUUUAACAGCAAGAGAGAGUUAGAAAUCGCAAAAAGGAGUCCAAGCCUUCGGAAUCUUAAAACGACUUCUUCUCAAGAGAAAUUUUAUAAUCAUAAAGAAGCCAAGCCUAAUCUUACUAACAGUGUCCAAGAAUUUAUUAACUCCCCCCCCCCCCUCCGUGAGCGAACAAAAAAAUUUUGUUCGCUCACGGAGGGGGGUUAAUUUUUUUUUUUUAAAAAAAAUUUAUAUAUAAAUUUUAUAAAAAAAAUUUUUUUCGAAAUUUAAAAAAAAUCCUAAUUUGCAAAAAUUGGGAAGCAAAUAUUAAUUUAAUUUGCAAAAUUUAUGUUUUAAAACGCAAUUUGUUUAAAAUUAAACAGAAUUAGCUCUAGAUUUCAUUAUACUAAUUAUCACUUAUAUAUCAAAAUUUUUUUCCAUUAAAAUUUUUCUAUUAAAAAAAUUUUGUUUCACUCACGGAGGGUGGGUUUUUGGUCAAAAAAUGGCGAUUUUUCUAAUGGUUUUGUUCGCUCACGGAGGGGGGGGGGAGUAAGCAAUCUAACGACAUUCAAACAGAAAUUAAAAAAAUCUGUGAAAUCUGUGAAAAAAUUAGCCCGAAAAAAGAAUUUGAAGAGUCUUCCGAAGAAUCUGAAAGCACAGGCGGAAUUUUAUGGAACGAAAUAAACGAUAUGCUUAAUGAGUACGGAUUUCACCCAAUAACCCUCAUUGAAAAAGACGAAUUUUUAAUCCCUGAUAGCUCCAGCAUGGCUGAUACUUUAGUAGAUUUGCUUUAUGAAUUUACCUCUCAAAAUCAGCUUCUUAAAGAAAGGUCAAUUGAAUACCAAAACGCUAUUUCUGAAAUAAAUGAACUUAAAGACAGCCAAAAUGACCUUGAAAAUAAAAUCGAAGCUCUAAAAACAGAAAAAACAAAUAAUAAAUUAGCGGAUGAUGUUAAAGAAUUAGAAAAAAUCUGUAUGCAGAUGGAUGAGAAAAUGAGGAAGUUUAAAAAGGAGCAACAUAGAAAAGAUUCAUUGAUAAGAGAACUUCAAGCAAAACUCUAUUUAAAAUCAGCAGAAAAAUCUAUAGUUGAUAUGCAUUUUAUAUUAAAAUGGCAAAUUUUUAUGAACUUAGCAAGUAUUUUUUAGCUGAAAAAGAUUAUUUUUGAAAUAAAUUAUUGGAAAAAAUUAUAUGAAUUUGGAUAUUUUAAAUUCAUCAGUAAUUGAUAAAGAAAAAAAAGUUUUCUUUAAAAUGAUGAAUCGAGAUUAUGAUGAAAAGCAGCCCACAGAUAUAAAAAUUAUGGCAAUCAUAUUAAUGUAUGAGCAGCAACGCAUAAUGCAAGAUCAAGAAAUUUCGCGUAUGAGACUUUCUCUUCAAGACAACCGAGGCUUCAGCAAAUCUUCAGAAAACUUAAGUUUCCUUAAUGCUUCUUUUCAAAUGAGCAGAGACUCUUAUUCGAUUCAAGGCAUCUUUGAUAGACUAGGUGUCCAAGGAGUACCUGAAGCUUUUAAAGAAAUAGAAAAAUUGAAAGGGGCUUAUUUAGCAUCAAAAUCAUUAGAAGACUCAAUAAAUAUGCAUAUUUAAUAUAAUUUAUUCAAACUUCAAUACAGUUAAAAGCUACUUGAAAAUUUAAUUUAGAACAUCAUAAAAUCCAUAUCGAGCUUUUCAAUGAGCCUUUUACUAUGAGUAAUAUGCACGAUGAUGUUGAUGAAACGAUAAAAGCUCUAAAAUCUUAUAAAAAUAUAGCCAGAGAUUUCAAUGAUUUUAAAAAAGACAUUGCAGUUGCUUUUGGAACUGAAAUUUAUGACUGUGAAAAUUUAGUAAAAAAUAAUUAGAUCAUUAAAGCACAGUCGUUAGGGCAUUUUAGAAAAAAAUGGUGGCGUUAAUGGAAAAUGGACUCCAAGACACACUCUCUAUGGAGCAGAAGGGCUCGAUGAAGCUGAAAAUAGUUCUUCUGUCAUUUUUGGAAGUAGGCCUUCGGGUUUGGGGAGGCCUGCCGAAGAAUGAAAGUUUUGUUUCACUAUCUCUACCAGAUGGGUUAGAUAGAUUUUGUCUUUGCUCAUCUGGACUAGUGGGGCAUCCGCAAAAAGUAGCUCUAACCUAAGAACUAAUCCUUAGGUUACAUCAGAUAAGCUGGCUAGUGGUAUAUCCAGUUAUACCUUUAACACUUAACUUAAGCUAGGCAUUUUAGGAAGCUAUUUCAGUUGAAAGAUGACGACCAAGAGUUUGACGCAAUUGAGCAGCUAUUUUUAUUUGUUCAUGAAAUGAAAAUGUUUCUUCAGGUAAUUUUUAAUUUAGUUGGCAAGAAAAGCAUUAGGAACUAAUGAGAAAGUCCCAAUUAAAUUUGUUCUUGAGGAAAUUGCAAAUAAAAUAUUGGAUUCUUAA